UUCUUAACAGGAUUAUGCCUUGGUAAGAUAAAACCAGAUCAGCUAGUGUUGAACGAGUACCUAAAUAUGUUGGAAAAAUUUAACUUACUCAAAUAAAUUUUUCAUUUCUGCAUUCCUAAGUUUUGCAUAUAUAUAUAUACUGAGUAUAAUUCUUGACCUUGCACUUAUAGAAUUUGAUUGAAAUUUUUUGCCCAAAUUUUAAAUUGAUUGUGAGGCAUGUAUCUUCAUUAUAUCAUAACAGAAGUGCUUCUUAAUUUUUAUAAGGUAUGUAACAUUUUAUUAUGCAUUUGGGUCACAUAUCCAUUUUCAGGUUGUUUUUUUUUUAUGUUGACAAACUUUGAAUAUUUUUUCCAUAAUUUCAGAUUUCAUCUCGUUAAAUAGUCUACCACAGAAUCCUGAGAAGGAUGAAUUCUGUAAUGGCUUCUUCAAAGUUUGUGUACUUGACUGUGGGAAGCCCCAACCAUACAAAUCUACCAAAAGAGGAGAAGAAACAAUGCUCCAGGUAACCUGUGCUGACAUUACAAAAUACGACAACUUUAUUUUUUAUGCUGUCGAUCACUUUCCACUCGUAAAAAAAAUGAAAGCAUCAUCAUUAAGGAUGUGAUCAAAAAACCAAAUGGUAACAUUGCAGUGACGGUGAAGUCGGAUGUUUUUGUCAGUAGUCCACUACAAGUCCCGCAAGAGUUGAGAGAAAAUUAUGAGAGAGAAACAAAAAGUGGGAAAAUCUGGGAUGUGAAAGAUGCCGCAAUAUCACCUCAAAAAACAACAAUCACAGUGUGUGGUCAAGUAGUUGCAUGCAACAAGACCACAACAAAACGAAUUCGAGAAACCCAGGAAGAAGUAAAAUUUAAAAGAAUCAAAAUCAAAGAUAACACCGGAUCUAUUAAUGUUGCCCUGACAUGGCUGAAACAGAAAUUGCAAAAGGAAAUUACGUUAAACUGUUGAACUUUUCUAGGAUUUCCAAGUUCGAUCAUGUGCUGCAAUCACAGAAGCCAGUUCUUGGCAGUAAGCCUACUGGAUCGUCUAUAGAGUUCAUGCCAGACAUUGAUGAUAUCUCAUCCACAGACGAUUCUGAAGAUGAAGACCUCAGUAAAGUCACCGGGCAGGUGCUAGGGGUCCAAUCCCUGUAUCUGUACAGCUGCUGUAUAAACCCACCAUGCUGCAAGAAAAAGCUGCAAAACAACAUCUGCACAACUUGCAAUAUGCACUAUACCGCAGCAAGUGCUGGUUCUGGGGCAGUACGUAAAAUCCUCCUUCAAAGAAAUGGCAUGAACAUGCAGACUUAUACCAUGUUCACAGAACUCAUCCAGUCCCUCUUGUCUUGCAUGAACUGUGAUACUGCACUAGACAGCACAACCGUGUCAAGGAUUGUAAAUAAAAUUCCAUUUACAGUUUCUUACGUUGCUAAUGGCAACAAACUUGCGCACAUAAAAUAUAUUUUAUGAUUUGUUGGAAAGAAAACAUUUAUCCUGUCUUUGAAGUUAUGUACAUUAUUACAAGGAUAACUGAUAGAACAAUAAUUAUUUUAUGAACUUGCACUUCUCUUACAAUAAUUGUUCUCCAAUUUUUGCCCAGUAUGUUCAGUAUUUCAAAUGUUAUCAUGCGUAAUUUUUAUUAUCUGUCACAUGAUUGUUAACAAUCAUGAUUACUAGAAUAUGCUCAGAAAUAUUUUUUCUUUGAGUUUAACUUUUUUCUUUAUUGUACAACUGAUCCUAAACAUUCAUUAGGAUUACAUGCACUUUAACAUUACUUGGACUGGUUUAUAACUUUAAAAAAUAUUUCUGACUGGCUUUCUGUAUAGUACUGAUGAUAAACAAUCUUGAUUUAAAUAUGUCUGUUGAGAUUUCUUGGAAUGUGGUUUUUUUCUUUGUUUUUUUUUUGUGCACAAUUCUUUUAAGUAGAUGCCCAAUAAUCAAGAUUAUGACUGUAUGUCCUUGAGAUUUCUUGGAAUGUUUUGUUAUGUUCCUUUUUGUGCACAAUUUAUGAAAGUAUAUGCUAGAGUACAACUGAUAAUCAAGAUUAUGACUGUAUGUCCUUGAGAUUUCUUGGAAUGUUUUGUUAUGUUCCUUUUUGUGCACAAUUUAUGGAAGUAUUGCUAGCGUACAACUGAUAAUCAAGAUUAUGACUGUAUCUCCUUGAGAUUUCUUGGAAUGUUUUGUUAUGUUCCUUUUUGUGCACAAUUUAUGGAAGUAUAUGCUAGCGUACAACUGAUAAUCAAGAUUAUGACUGUAUGUCCUUGAGAUUUCUUAAAAUGUUUUGUUAUGUUCCUUUUUGUGCACAAUUUAUGGAAGUAUAUGCUAGUGUACAACUGAUAAUCAAGAUUAUGAUUGUAUGUAAUUUGAAAUUUCUUGGAAUGUUUUGUUAUUUUCCCUUUUUGUGCACAUUUUUUUAUUUAGAUGCUCAACAACAAUGAUUUUAUGUACUGGGCAUUUUUUCAGCAUGUGUCUUUUUGUUCAGUAAUUUUGGCUUUGUGUUCACUUUUUAAAACUGCAAUUGAUUACACUCCUACAACUGAGUUUUAACAGUCAUAAUAUUUCAACUUUAACAUUUCUCAGAAUGCAUAUUUCAUUUUUCCUUAUGCGCUUCUUGUCAGAUACAUGUGGACAUUACAUAAUUUACAAUUGUCCUGUUGGUGUGUGUAUAUAAGGUUUAAAACUGAAUUAUGUUCACAUAAUCAGUAGUAUUUGCUUGUAGUUGUUUAAAAUGUAGUUGUUAAAAUAUAGUUUAGUUUUCUUCCAGGUAGAGUUUGAAAAUAUGUAGUUGUUUAAAUAUAGUUUAGAUGUAUUCCAGGUAGUUGUUUAAGUAUACAUUUGCAUUCCAGGUAGAGUUUGAAAAUAUGUAGUUGUUUAAAUAUAGUUUAGAUGUAUUCCAGGUAGUUGUUUAAGUAUACAUUUGCAUUCCAGGUAGAGUUUUAAAAUAUGUAGUUGUUUAAAUAUAGUUUAGUUGUAUUCCAGGUGGAGUUUAAAAUAUGUAAGUUUAGUUGUA